AUGGGUCGGCGUAAACGUAAGUCUACAAAUAAACAUUCAAUAUGUAGUGUAUGUCAAGUCUCUUAUUCGCCUUCAUCUUCUUUAAUUCCUCGUUGCUCUUCAUGUACUUCUAUGGUUCGAAAUACCAUUUGUGAUUCAUGUCUUCAUAGCUACAUCUUUACUUCUUUUUCACAAGAUAGUGCAAAACGGAUUAUUUGUCCCGAAAACGGAUGUCAUACUGAACUAAACAAAACUACUCUUCAUGCAGCACUUGUUAAAUUUGGUCAUCAAGAUUUAUGGGAAGAUUAUGUAUUGAAAUCGAAUUGGUCUGGAACAAGUCAACAAUGGAUGCAACAAUUUGCUGUAAGAUGUCCUGGUUGUCGAAUACCUAUUGAAAAAAAUGGUGGUUGUGAUCAUAUGAUAUUACUCAAUAAAAUGAAUCCAUAUGCUACAAAUCCGUUUGGUGGUAAUCCUACAUUUUCAUAUCCAGGUUCUUUUCCUCAACAAGGUUUUGGACAAUUUGGUACUACUGGAGGAUAUUUUACUGGUGGUUAUCCUUAUUCGGGAGGAAAUUUUUUUUCAAGUGGUCAACCAUUGUCUUCUCCUCCUGCAUCUGGUUUUCCUGCACAAGCUAUAGGCGCUCAAUUUGGACAAGGUUUUACUUUUCCUCAAGUACCUAGUGGCUUUGGUUAUCCACCAUCUUCGUUUAUGCCACAAGCACAACCAUCUCCAUAUGGUGCUCCUUUUCCUCAAGAACAACCAUCUUCAUUUGGUGCUCCUUUUCCUCAAGAACAAUUUUCUUAUGGUAAUCCAAAUUAUUUUGGUAGUGGUUCUUAUGGUCGACCUCGAUCUCGUCAUUCAUCACAUCGUCGUCGAUCUCGACCACGUCAUCGACGUAGUUCAUCAUCAUCAUCAAGCAGUAGUGAUGAACAUCGAAGAAGAGGUUCACCUUUUGGUCAUCCUGGCAAUUAUUAUGGUAAUAUACCACCACGAGGUGGUUCACCUAGUAUUCCUCCUCGUCCACCUGGUUGGUAA